UGAAAGGAAAAAGAAACGAGGAUGCACAAAUAAGAAUUGAGAAGCACCCCUGCAGUCUGCAGACAGAGCCUUCUCCUCUUGGAGAACACUUCUUUAUAAAGCAUAUUUUAUUUUAGAUGGACUAGAAAUAAUUUUUAAUUUAUAAAGUUUUAUUUUUAAAUGUAAGUCAGUAACAAUUGGCUGAAGCAAAUUUAUUUUUCAAAAGGAGACCCUACCCCAUUUUGGAGAUCUGCAGUUAUACACACUUGGAAGAAUGGGUAAUCACUGGCACAAGCGUCGUAAAACCGGAGGGAAAAGAAAGCCCUAUCAUAAGAAAAGAAAAUAUGAACUGGGUCGCCCUCCUGCCAACACAAAGAUCGGCCCCCGUCGUAUUCACACAGUGCGCGUGAGGAGAGGCAAUAAGAAAUACCGCGCGCUGAGACUGGACAGGGGGAACUUUGCCUGGGGCUCUGAAUGUUGCACUCGCAAAACCAGGAUCAUUGACAUUGUGUACAAUGCCUCUAACAAUGAGCUUGUGAGGACCAAGACCCUGGUGAAGAACUGCAUUGUUCUGGUAGACAGUACACCGUUCAGGCAGUGGUAUGAAGCCCACUACGCCAUUCCACUGGGCCGCAAGAAAGGGGCAAAGCUGACUCCAGAAGAGGAGGAGAUCUUGAACAAGAAAUGGUCAAAGAAGGUUCAGAAGAAGAUUGAUGGACGCAGGAAGAAGAGCAAGAUUAGCAGUUGGCUGGAGGAGCAGUUCCUGCAGGGCAAGUUUCUUGCCUGUAUUGCGUCCAGGCCUGGUCAGUGUGGCAGAGCAGACGGAUACAUCUUGGAAGGGAAAGAGCUGGAGUUCUACCUCCGAAAGAUCAGAGCCAAGAAAGGCAAAUAGACAACUGAAUGCAGCGUUUUAUACUCAAGUACCUAUUACAGUCCUGGCAAACUUUCAUUGUGGCUGGUAAGGGGGGCGAUCCCUCUACAUUCAUCAGGAACUGCAAAUUAUUAACAUAAAGUAUAGUUGUAAUCUCCAAUGGAUAACAUGUAUGUGAUUCCAAAGUUACCCACAAGGAACUAUUUUCCAGCUUCCAACUUAUAAUAUUUCUAAUUUGGCAGGCCCAGUAAUACCAUAGAAAAUUUGGAAGUCCUAAGCCCCCUUUCCGACAUGAUUUCAUUAAAGUAGACAACUUAAUUCGGGGAGUCUUAUUGUUCCAUAUAAACUUUGUUAAACAUCUAUUAAUUAAUUUUAAAAAAGAAAAAGAAAUAUAACAUGGUAACAUAUUAAAAGCAUAAAUAAACUUAGGGAGUAUACUCAUUUUAAUAACACUGAUUUUCCCGAUAAGAGAUAGUAGGAGAACAUACCAAGUCUGAAGUUUUUUUUUACAAUUCUCCAGUAAAGAGUUAUAGUUGUUCUUAAAUAAUUUAUCCAAAACGAGUGUCACUUGUAUUCCCAAAUAUUUAAAACCAUAUGCGGACCAAGAGAUAGGACAUUCUUUUCUAACAUUUUCUUCAUUUGAAAUAUUAAGAGGGCAAGCAAUUGAUUUUUGUAAGUUAGCCUUAUACCCUGAAAUCCUAGAAAAUCUUUGAAUAUCUGCCAAAACAUGGGGCAAAGUUAACAUAGUUUCAGUGACAAAAAGUAAAGUAUCAUCCGCAUAUAGUGAAAUUUUGUGAUAUUGUA